AUUAUGCUGCGUCAUUCGGUUCCCUGCCAGAAUGUAUGUAAGACACACUAGAAAAUGUGUGAGUGCAAGACAAUAGCUGUAACUUCUGUGGCAUGAGCUAGGACAUUGUAAAUUAUGUGAGGCAAAGAGGAUUUGAGCAUUUUAGAUCAAAUUUACCCACUUUGUCUGGAGACUUAAGAAAAGAGAAAAAUGUGCUUUUACCGGUAUUGCCAAUUAGGGAAUUGCCAGGUGGCUGGUUAAUAACCCAGCUGCGCCGCAGAAAAUGCAGAAUCAGCAGAGGCUGUUUGUGGGGGAAGGCAGAGGAGUGCUUUGAGGGCACAGCAGCAGGCCAGGAAGAGCACGAGCUGUAGGAGAUGUGACAGGAGAAAGAUCCUGGGGCAGGUAGUGCCGAGCCAGAAGGGGCCAAGAGCUUAGAAACGUUGCACAAAAGGAGGAGGGGAGUGUGAUGAAAUACAAAGAACAGUUUAGGCUCGCAGUCAGUGGGCUUUAACGCGGCAGGCAGGUCCAGUCUCUGCUGGGACACAGCUGAGGGCAGAGUAAGUGAGCAGCUUGCUGCUUUCUACCUUGGCAGCUGGAGCAGAUCUGCUUUUCAGAGCCUGGCUUGCACUCCCCAGUAGAGGUACUUGCCCACUUGUGUUCCCUGCUGUGCGCCACUUCACUGCUCAAUGUCUGCAUCAAUCCCUGCCAUGCCACUAGCAGUGCUCUCUGUCUCUGCUGGGUGCAGGUCGCAGGGGACAGUCCUGCACCUGGUGGUCCAGAGCUUUUGUAAUGAAAUCUCAUGCCUGAUCAGAGUACAAACACCAAGGCAGAAAAAAGGCCUUGAAAACCACAGAGGGAAGCUGUGCUUCCAUGAAAACCACAAGGAGACAAACUUGUUGCUAAAGAAGGCUCUGGAAGAGUGAACCUCAGAUGCCUUUAGAGGGAUGGUGCUGUAGGGGAACAAAGCUAAUCCUGCAAUCAAAGGAGCAUCUAGGCUUUUGUGGGCUGCCAACAGCAACAGGGAAGCACCAGCUACCAUGGCUUGCCAUUUAUAAAAAACUUCUGGAGAUAAGGGUCUUAUUUUUAGGCAGAGUGGUAGCUGGCUAUUCCAGCAGGCUCAAGCAAUGAUGAUAAGGACCUGGCGUAUGAACAGCAGAGUAAGACAUCUCAUCUUAUCUUGCAGUGCCACUUUUCUCCUCACUUUCCCUGUUGCAGCAGGAAGCGGUGCCAAUUGCUUUAGCAGGAUUCAGAUGAAAAUCCUUAGAAGUAGCCCUCAGACUUCUUUCCUUUCCUUCCUUCCUCUGCUUUUUCUGAGUGAUGCUCUUCUCUGUUAACUUAGAGGCAUGAAGUAGCUGAAAGUCUUUGACUAGGGCUGGCAGCACACAUGCAGACAUGGCUCUCUGAAUACUGCUAGUCCUGAUUUUGGUUUGCCUGAGAAGCUGCUGAACUCAUUUCCUAUGCUGGAGGUAGUUUUUGCUAUUUGCUGGGCUGGUUGUAGUGAUUCAAGUGCAUCCUCUGGAUGUAGCUGAUGCUAUUCCCAUUGUGUAUUAAUACAAGUAAGAAGAGAAAUCUAUCAUAAAAAAAAUCUGUGAACACGGUGUUAAUUACAUUGUUUUCUGUGUUGAAAUCUUGCAUUUGUAAGCCUCACCAUCUGCAUUGCAGCCACUGCAUGUGGGAAGCAUGGAAUGUGUCUUAUCAGACACAGAGUGUGCACAGCAAAGGACAUCCAAAGGUUAUGUUGUCAUCAUGUCAAAUGGGUCUGUUUAUUCUGAAUGCUGUAGAAGCAGAGCUUAAUCAGAGCAUCAGCCAUAUGCAGAUUUGAAAUUAGAUUUUACAAUAACCACCUGUCUGCUGUUCUGAAUCCAUCAGAUUCUUUGGGUUAGAGCAGUGUUUGCCUAUUGAAUAUAUUUGCUGAGAGAAUGUAAUCUAAAAGCCUUCAUGUGACAGCAUAAAAGGCACCUGAAUGCAUGUAUAUGUAUGAGCGUGCAGUGGCGGCACAUCUAUCUUGUGGUUUUGUACUAGUCUGCUACUAAAGCACGUGAAUUCAUUCACCGUAACAAUCAAUAGCAUUAGUGAAACCUCAUGUAAACUUCAUUCUUUUGCUCUCCUUUUUGGGUUCAUGAUGCUUAUGUGUGCCAGCCAAAGAGCCUGUUGCCUCAGGAGGAAGAAGAGCACUGAUCUGUGGACGUGCCAGGUACACCACAGCGAGCUCCGGUCUGUGAGGGAGGAUGGCCGUGGCAUUGGGUCUUCCUCUCUCCUUUAUGUUGUCAAAGGAGACAGUUGGAACCAAUAAAUGAGGGUCUGCUCGCUAGGAUCUCGGAUCUCUUGCUGUGCCGGUGGACUUGUAGAAAUUGUUGUCAGAAGUGUUUCGACUGUAGCUGUUGUCAAACAAAUGAAGAUGAAGUUGAAAUCCUGGGACCUUUUCCUGCUCAGACUCCAGCCUGGCUAUUUGAUUUGACGUGAUUUAUUUUUUGAUGUGGAUGAGUUGUGUGAGUCUGGGUUGGAUAAGCAGCCAAAAUGAGGACAAAGAUGGAGACUCUGAUAAUACAAUCAGUGAACUGCCUCCCACUCUUCAGGAUGUUUCCCCUGACAGAAGGCGGUCGUCUUCAGAUGCAUCACGGUCCACUUACAGCCUCACCAGGCGGAUUUCAAGUUUAGAGUCGAGGAGGCCAAGUUCUCCAUUAAUUGACAUUAAACCUAUUGAGUUUGGAAUAAUAGGAGCCAAGAAAGAAAUAGUUCAGCCAACUAUCCUGCGGAAAACCUAUAGCCCAGAUGACUAUUUUAGAAAAUUUGAACCAAGACUGUACUCUCUUGACUCGAAUAGCGAUGAUAUGGACUCCUUGACAGAUGAGGAAAUCUUAUCAAAGUACCAGCUGGGCAUGCUGCACUUCAGCACUCAGUAUGACCUGUUGCAUAAUUACCUAAUAGUGCGAGUCAUUGAGGCUAAGGACCUGCCUCCCCCGAUUUCGUAUGAUGGCUCCAGGCAAGAUAUGGCUCACUCCAACCCCUACGUGAAGAUCUGCCUGCUUCCAGACCAGAAGAACUCCAAGCAGACCGGAGUUAAGCGCAAAACUCAGAACCCAGUGUUUGAAGAGAGGUACACAUUUGAAAUCCCAUUUUUAGAAGCCCAGAGAAGAACUCUGCUUUUAACCGUAGUGGAUUUUGACAAAUUCUCACGCCACUGUGUUAUUGGCAAAGUGUCAAUGCCCUUGAGUGAUGUAGACCUUGUGAAAGGCGGUCACUGGUGGAAAGCCCUUGUUCCUAGUUCUCAGAAUGAAGUCGAGCUGGGGGAGCUGCUGUUGUCACUAAACUACCUACCCAGCGCAGGAAGACUGAACGUGGACAUCAUUAGAGCAAAACAGCUUCUUCAGACAGACAUGAGCCAAGGUUCAGAUCCCUUUGUGAAAAUUCAGCUCGUUCAUGGACUGAAGUUAACCAAAACCAAGAAAACCUCCUGCAUGCGAGGGACGAUAGAUCCCUUUUACAACGAGUCCUUCAGCUUCAAGGUUCCCCAAGAAGAACUGGAAAAUGCCAGCUUGGUGUUCACAGUGUACGGGCACAACGUGAAGAGCAGCAAUGACUUCAUCGGGAGGAUCGUCAUCGGCCAAUACUCCACGGGUGCCCCCGAGUCCAACCACUGGCGCCGGAUGCUCAACGCACACCGGACGGCCGUGGAGCAGUGGCACAGCCUGCGCUCCCGGGAGGAGUGCGACCGCGUCUCCCCAGCAUCCCUGGAGGUGACAUGAGCUGUGGCACCAGCGGCAGCCAAACUGAGCAGGCGGACGAGGUGGGGGAAAAAAAACCCAACCACCAAAACACUCAACCUCACACCCACCCCACAGCAGCUCCAUUGGACUGAAGCAGCUGCCGGUACCCGCCUGGCUGCACUGGCCUCUGUGCAAACCUCCGCAGCACCAACCAUGUCCCACCGGGUCCCAUGCCAGUAGCUCCCCUGGGGCCACCAGCGGCCUGGCCAGCUGGACCUGUUGCUACCUGCGUCCGGCUCCGCUGUUUUUUAGCGAUGGAGAGCAUCAUCCAGAGCAGGGCAGGCUGCAGGCGGAGGUGCCGCUGGACAUGCCGAGAUGGGGAAGAGUUUUGAGUUGCCUCUGCUCUCCUUACGGUCCAAAUCCAUGACUCGUCCUCUCGGAGAUAUACGUACCUGUGUGCUCUCUUUGGUGAACGUGGUAAUUAGGCUAGGAUGUUUUUUUAAAUGGUAGAAGCUGUGGUGAAAUCGACUCUGGCUCCAGUUUUGUCCUUGUACUUGUUUCAACAGAAUUAAGCUCCUGUUAGUACGUGCCAGGCACACGCAGCCCCGUGCACGUGGGUCUGAUGUACCGUCAGCAGUGAGGUCUGCCACUCUCCAUAGCAGUCUGUGUGUGUCAAGUAGAUACCGUGAUGAUAUAGCGAAGUAAACGUCUCCAGUAGCACUUAUACUUUCCAAUACUUCCCUAUGUUGUGCAAAAGAAACCUGCUGUGGGGACUUUUGCAGUUAAGAACACCCCAAAUGCACAAUUUUAAUUCCCUGACAGACUGCAGUGGCUCUUUCUGUGUUGUGUGUGUUAACCGAGGUAGUUUUCGAGGUCACCACGUGAACUUAGCUGCAGUCAGGCUGUCCUGUUGGUUGCUUCUGUACAUUUUUUUUCCCACAGCAUAUUGUCUGGUAUGAUGCAGAUUGUAUAUUUAUUGAAAAUAAAAAUCUAUUUAAUUGUGCCAUGCA